GCUUACUAAAUGUACCACUACCUUUUCUUAGCUUUCAUGUAUUCCAUUGACGAGUUAUACCCAUAACAUUGUUUAGUUACUUUCACCUGUUCAUAUACAUAAAUUAGUUUCUUCUAAAAUUCAUUCAAAUGCCAGAUCCUGAAGCCUCAAAGCGUGUUUUAUCCAUUCAAUCUUCUGUCAGCCACGGUUAUGUAGGAAAUAGAUCUGCUACCUUCCCAUUGCAAUUGCAUGAGUGGGAAGUGGAUGUUGUACCUACAGUCCACUUUUCCAACCAUCUUGGCUAUGGUAAUAAGAGAGGUCGUGUAUGCAAAGCAUCUGAGGUUUAUGAACUAUUGGCAACCUUAUUGGAAAAAAACGACUUUGUUUACGAUGCAAUUUUGACUGGUUUUAUCCCAACUGGAGAGAUCCUCCAAGUAGUUUCGAAUCUUUUAAUCGAAUACAAAGGUCGACACCCUAAUGUAAAAUGGAUAGCGGACCCUGUCAUGGGAGACCAGGGGGAGGCUUAUGUGGAGAAAGAUGUUUUAAAUACAUAUAAAAGGGUUUUGUCCCAUGCAUUUAUAAUAACACCUAAUGCUUUUGAGGUCGAAUUAUUAACAGGAGUUUCUGUUGUGAACAAGUCGACCGCAUUAUACGGGCUAAAGCGUAUCUACCAAUUAUACAAGGUUCCUCAAGCUGUGAUUACCUCGUUUCAAGAUAUGAAUGAAUCAAAUUUGUUGUUUUGCUUAGGCUAUUGUUUCAAAAAUAAUACCUUUCAUUCUUUCCUGUACUCGUAUCCUUCCCUUUCAGGAACGUUUACAGGAACAGGAGAUUUAUUUUCGAGCCUUACCUUGGCGAAGUACAUGGAUGAGAGAUCUCCACAAAAACGAAGUUCAUUCAAAGAUGUAAACGAAGAAGAAUCGAGUUUGGGUUUCUUCACGGAGGUGAUUGGACAAGUUUUAACUUGUAUGCACUCUGUACUUGUGAGAACAAAGGAAUAUACCCUUCAACAAUUGCAGCGAGACCCUAGCAUUGAAAAAGAUCAGUUUUUACUAAGCAAUGUCUGCGAACUUCGACUCAUCCAAUCUAGGGAUGAUCUUGUUUCGAGUAAAAAUAUUUAUGCACCUGAAGAGUGGAUUGGUUUGGAUAUGUGAUCUAAAAAGUCAUUUAAUACAAUUAUAUAUAAAAAAUAGAGAAUCUAGAAUGACGAGUGCUAUUUUCAUUGCCAAACCCUAUCGUCUUUUCAUGCCAGUUCAGUCCAUUCUGAAUUCACCAUGUCAAGUAGAAUCUUUGGGCGAAACGGUAAUAAAAACAAUUGGUCCGUG